AAGUGAAAACUCUGUUUGCAGCCAAAUGCACAGUUGAAUUCAUCCUUUAUCCUGCUCCAUUACUUAGUUAUGGUACAUGUUAUCACUUCUUUACGCCUAGAAACUAACAUGGGACCACUGUCAAACAGUACGGUGCUGAGAGUGAGAAUUAAACGUGUUGAAACCCCCCAAGGACCUCAAGUUUGACCUCCAGUGGCUGCAGCACGUCAUCCCAUCAUGCUGGUGACGGCGUACUUUGCCAUCAUCUUCCUGAUUGUCCUCUGUGUUGGCCUCGAGCUCACAGCACGUCGCCUCACGCCACCUCAGUCUGCUCCCACUGCUGUAGCCAACCCAGCUUUCCGAAGCUUUCAGAGUAUAUUCCUCAGGGCAUACCUGCUGGCUCUGUGGGCAGACUGGCUCCAGGGCCCUUACCUCUAUAAACUCUACCGCCACUACAGCUUCCUGGAAUCACAAAUAGCCAUCUUAUAUGUGUGCGGCCUGGCCUCCUGUGUUCUGUUUGCUCCUUUUUCAGGGUGGCUCCCUCAAGCCUUGGGCCGCAGACGGACAUGCCUCCUCUUCUGCCUUUCCUACUCUGCUUGUUGCCUCACUAAGCUCUCCAGAGACUACUUUGUUUUGAUUGUUGGUCGGAUUCUGGGAGGUCUGUCAACAUCAUUGCUCUCCACAACAUUUGAAGCCUGGUAUGUACAUUGCCAUGUGGAAGUCCACGAUUUUCCCAAGGAGUGGAUCCCUAGCACAUUCAACAAAGCUGCAACCUGGAAUCAUGGGCUCGCUGUGGGAGCAGGGCUGGUGGCUAACUUGCUGGCAGAGUGGCUGCACCUGGGGCCAGUGGCCCCCUUUCUCUUGGCUGUCCCCUGCUUAGCAUGUUGUGGCUGGGUGGUGUUAACAGACUGGGGGAAAGAGGAGGCAGAAGGGACUGCUGAAGGUGAUAAACAAACAUUGCUCAUUGGCACUUCAAAUGGAGGUGUGCCUCGCUUGUCUGCAAGGGCCCGCUUCUCUCGCAGCUGCCAUGAUGGGCUACGUUGUCUGCUUUCAAACAAGAGAGUCAUGCUCUUGGGUGGAGUGCAGGCUCUGUUUGAAAGUGUCCUCUAUAUUUUUGUUUUCCUUUGGACCCCAGUACUAGACCCUCACGGACCACCUUUGGGAAUAGUGUUUUCUUGCCUGAUGGCUGCCAGCAUGGCCGGCUCCUUGCUGUACCGUCUAGCCACCUCCACACGCUACCGUCUUCAGCCUGGCCAUGUUCUCUGUCUGGCUGUUCUUAUGGCUUUCUUCUCCUUCUUCAUGCUGACCUUCUCCACCGCCCCAGGCCAGCCAAGACCUCAUGAAUCCUUUCUGGCCUUCCUCCUGCUGGAGCUUGCCUGUGGCCUCUACUUCCCUGCUGUCAGCUUUCUUCAGAGCAGGGUGAUUCCAGAAGAGAAGCGGGCUGGUGUACUGGCCUGGUUCCGGUUGCCUCUACACCUGCUGGCCUGCCUGGGGCUUUUAGCACUGCAUGGGGAGAUUUCAGGAACAGGUGGCGGGGAGGGUGGCAGUGGCACUAGACACAUGUUUGGAGGCUGUGCAGUAAUGAUGUUGGCUGCUUUGAUGGCUGCAGUCAGUCUGUUCACACUGGGUAGAAACGACACAGACCUGAGACUAGAGGGAACAAGAGGGGAGGGAGAGAUGUUCUAAGGAAAUCUAUCAUACAUCACUUCAUGCUUUACUGAUUUCAAAUGUCUUGUGCCAGCGUUAUGUGUCCAAAAGUAGAACCUUAAUAUGCUUUGCACAAAAAUUCAAAAGUCUCCUUUUGGUAAAUGAAGUUAAAAGGAGUGUUUUAGUAGGUUACAUUUCACUUGAAAUUAUUCAAAUGAAAUUAUAUGUUUGCCUUUUCUGUUUUUUUUUUUUUUUCCUUGGGAGGUUCUUUUUUUUUUCUUUCAAACAAAUAAUUUCUUUGUUGGAAGCUUAGGGUACAUGCUCAUAUGAACCUUCAUCUGUCAAGCAAAACGCUGGAAGCUUUUUCAGCCAUAUUCAAAACUCCUUUAUGAUUCCAUCGACCUAUGAAGAAAUACGGUGAUGAGUUUGCCAACAUAUAUUACAUUUUAUCCGAGUGUUAUCAUGGGAUGAGUAAUGCAUUUGUUUCGUGGUAUUUUUACAAACACAUGAAGAGAUAUGACUAAACAGAGAGCUCAACAAACAUCCAAAGAAAAAAGUCACAAAUAACAUGUACAGUAGACCAUUUCUGUGAAUGUUACUUCUUACAAUACUUCUGUUCUUUUUGCUCCUGUUUAUUUUUCUUCAACAUCCUUGUAUUAAAUUUAAAUGAAACGAGCCAUCAAUAGGUCACUUUCACCUUGUUUUUCUACAGGGCAUUUUUCUUAGAUGGUCUUAAUAUUUAUCUGUUCUUUUACACUUUUAAAUAAAAGAGUUUAUGU